AUGAGAAUUGACCAUCUUGCAACUGAGCUCCUGCUCCACGUGUUUCACGCCUGUGACUCAAUAUCCGACGUCUUGAACCUCUCUGCCAGCUGCCGUCGACUUCAUCGCGUUCUUGACUCGACAAGUAAGCUUCAAAUCCUCGUCGAUGCCGCGGAGAACGAAUUCGGUCCACUUGACGACAUAGUACAAGUGGUGACACAGAAUGACAGCCAGCCAGCCCAUCAGAUCCGUCAUACGGAUAUGUCCUCUUUUAUGCUUAAGCAAGUAGUUAAGCUGGGAAUGGUGGCGAAGAAAUGGGAGACUAUAUUCCCUUUCAAAAAGUGGAAGUCCGACUACGAGAAUCGGCGUUCCCUCACCAGCGAUGAGCGAUUGCGGCUUCGCCGUGCAGUGUAUCGAUUAUGGCUUUACCAUCAUGCCUUCCAUUCCUGUGCCUACGACCGGCACUCGCGCAGCCUUCGUCAUGUGGUACUGGAGCGCGCUCAGCUCCUUCACAACUGGUCCACUGAAGAAUUAGCCGAAAUCGAAGAUCUGCGUAUCGUGAUGAAAGAUAUCGUUCAAAAUCACAUCUGCCCGAGUAACGGAACCAUUCAGCGCAAGUUCCGCAAGCGCUUCCCGCACAGCAACCAGCAGCUUUCGUUCAACAUCCACCUCAACUACCCUCCACCACUACCUUCACUAUCAUCUUAUGAUUAUUCCUCGUUCGACAAGGGCCGAGGCACCUCCAUUCAGGAUCAUUUCCACACUGCGCACCCCGGUCAUUUCACCGGGUCUUCGGCAAAAUACCGGUCUCGCUUCCGCAAUGACCUGUCCCAUGACCCAGGUUCUGAGGGAUGGGGUGACGAGAUUCCAAACUAUUAUGUUCUGCAGGACAUGCUGAAGCUUGAUCCGGGCCAAAUUUUGUGGCUGCGGGAUCAUGCAUUGCUCAAAGAACAAGUGGAGGGGUAUGUAUGGUCGCUCGGGGAAUGGUUUCGUGACAACGGUGAGACCUUUGCCGAUACGCUGGAGUUUGUCAUGAAUGAACGGGGUCUGGAUGUUGGUGAAGUACGAUCUGCCGUCAAUGAUUGUGAAAUGGGCAUUGUGCAUAAUUAG